AUGGGCUGCGUAAUCAUCCGACUAAGCUGUGUCCUGGCUGUACUCAUUUGCCUGUUGAGCACUGGAAAUGCGGGGAGUAUUAAUUGGGAUCGCCAGAGGCUCCAGCAACUCCAUAAUUUGAGCACGCAAACUACAAAUCCUAGUACCCGACUGCAGAUUGCCUACGAAGUGGUUGAGAUGUACAAGAAGUAUAGGGGUCAAGAGCAUUCGGAUAUCGCAGAGGAGACUGAAUUAAAUGCUGGCGUUGAUAAUUUUGAGUCUAAGAUUGAGCUCGUAGAAGGUGUGCCUAAGCAAGGAGCUGGCUUUAGGGAUUUCUUCAGGGCAGAUUGGAUUCCCAAUAAGGUCAAGUCAGAUGCAACUAAUUUGGCUAAGAGUUCGUCACAAGCCUUAAUUGAUGGCAUCGCCAAAUAUCUUCUCAACAAACUUUGGUCAUCUAUAGGCCUGGCAAAGUAA